AUGGGACAUUCCAGCUUUACAUUCUUGGUAUGGGGCCUCUUGUUCUCACUGGCAGCGGCAGAGGAUGGGUUCGCUGGCUGGUUGCGAUACGCUCCGGUACCUUGUGACUCUGUUUGCCUGCAAGGGCUUCCUUCAAGACUUAAUGUGUUGAACAACACCAAGGGAAGUCCAAUUGAAAUAGCAGGUCUCGAAUUGGCGACCGGAUUACAGUCCAUCGUCUCCAAGAACCUGACAAGUACGCAACCACGUUGCGAUGUAUCAGAUUCAAUCUUGGUUGCAACACUUGAGCAAUACAAACAUAGGUGCAACACGGCCGUCGAUAUCCCCGAACUUGAUCAAGAUGGCUUUUGGCUGCGAUCGACUGGCAAGAGCGUCCAAAUCUUGGGGCAGAGUGAGCGAGGGGCUUUGUAUGGAGCAUACGAGUAUCUUUCUCUCUUAGCCCAAGGCAACUUCUCCCAUGUUGCUUAUGCAAGCAACCCACAUGCUCCGAUACGCUGGGUCAACCAGUGGGAUAACAUGGACGGAGUUAUCGAAAGAGGCUACGGUGGUUUGUCGAUAUUCUUCAAAAAUGGCCGGAUCGUUGAUGAUUUGGCGCCGGUCAAACAAUAUGCCCGUCUUCUAGCGUCGGUUCGGAUCAAUGGUCUUGUCGUCAAUAACGUCAAUGCGAAUGCCACUCUUCUCACGCCAGAAAACAUGAAGGGCCUGGGUCGGAUUGCAGAUGUAUGCCGAUCGUACGGUGUCCAGAUCGGCGUUUCGCUCAACUUCGCGUCUCCCAAGACCCUAGGCGGCCUGGACACUUUUGAUCCACUUGAUGCAACCGUCAUUGCCUGGUGGAACAAUAUUACAAACAGUUUGUAUGACCACGUUCCCGAUCUGGCAGGGUAUCUAGUCAAAGCCGACUCUGAGGGUCAGCCUGGGCCGAACACAUACAACCGGACAUUGUCGCAAGGUGCCAAUCUUUUCGCGCGAGCUCUCCAACCGCACGGAGGCGUUCUUAUGUAUCGCGCUUUUGUCUACGACAGUAAUUUGAACGAGUCAGACUGGAAGGCAGACCGAGCGAAGGCCGCAGUUCAAUACUUCAAAGAUCUGGACGGCGAGUUUGAGGAGAAUGUGGUCGUGCAAAUCAAAUACGGGCCCAUUGAUUUUCAAGUGCGCGAGCCCGUGUCGCCCCUCUUCGCGAACCUCUUCAAGACCAAUACUGCCAUCGAGCUCCAGGUGAGCCAGGAAUAUCUGGGUCAACAAAACCAUCUGGUCUACCUUCCACCGCUGUGGAAGACUAUCCUUGACUUUGACCUUCGAGUCGAUCACAAACCCUCGCUGGUGCGAGACGUCAUAUCCGGGGAGCGGUUUAACCGUACUCUGGGUGGUUGGGCGGCUGUCGUCAACGUUGGUACCAAUACGACGUGGCUGGGCAGCCAUAUUGCGAUGUCGAAUCUAUACGCAUAUGGGCGACUGGCCUGGAGCCCUACACACAAUUCGGAGCAGAUUCUGAAAGACUGGACACGGCUCACCUUCGGGUCCAGGCCCCAGGUCAUCGACACCAUCACCAACAUAUCCAUGGCCUCUUGGCCCGCUUACGAGAAAUACAGCGGAAACCUGGGCAUACAGACUCUGACAGACAUCUUAUAUACCCAUUACGGCCCUAAUCCUGCCUCCCAAGACAACAACGGCUGGGGCCAAUGGACUCGAGCAGACCACCUAUCCGUAGGCAUGGAUAGAACUGUCGCAAACGGCACCGGGUACACAGGUCAAUAUCCUGUGGAGAUCGCUCAACGAUACGAAUCUCUCAACUCGACCCCCGAUGACCUGGUGCUAUGGUUCCACCAUGUCCCGUGGACCCACCGACUUCACUCCGGCAAGACGGUCAUCCAGCACUUCUACGACGCGCACUACGCCGGGGCCGAAAUCGCGCAGACAUUCAUCCGACAGUGGGAGUCCCUGCACGGGCUAAUUGACCAGGAAAGGUACGACGCAGUGCUCGAUCGGCUGACGUACCAAGCGGGACACUCGAUCGUCUGGCGCGACGCGAUCAACAACUUCUACUUCAAUAUGACGGGCAUACCAGAUCAGAAAAGACGGGUGGGCCAUCACCCGUGGCGCAUCGAGGCGGAGAGCAUGGCGCUGGACGGCUACAGGGCGUACACAGUGAGCCCGUUCGAGACCGCCUCAAACGUGACCGCCAUCGUGACUACGACCAACUCCACCGUCGGGACCGCCCGGACGACCCUCGGCUUCCCGGCGGGGACGUACGACAUCGCCGUGGGCUAUUAUGAUCUGCACGGGGGCGAGUCGCACUGGACGCUGGCUCUCAAUGAUAAGGUGGUGGGCGAGUGGGUGGGUAAUAUGCGCAACCACUCGCUGGGUAACUCUGUCUCCAUCUACUUGGACGGUCACUCGGCGACACGCGUCACGUUUCGCGGAGUCAAGGUGCAGAAGGGCGAUGAGUUGAAGAUUGUCGGUCGGCCUAAUGGCGUUGAGCCUGCGCCGGUGGAUUAUGUGGUGUUGCUUCCGGCUGGGGUGGUGGAUUAG